UGCAGAGGCCGGGGAGGCAUUAGCAGUGUCGUGGAAUAGAUAAAGGCUGCUGCAUACUUGGUAGAGUAGGAUUUUACACCCUUUUUCUGGAUUUCAAUGUGUUUGUUGGAAAGAGACAUGAGCUCUUACUAGGCAUUAGCUGGGUUUUGAUUGGCUUCCAGUUGCGUGAAGUCUCUUCAGCACGCUUGUGGAGUUUGGGAGAAGCACACGAGGACAUGGCUCUGACAAAUUUCAUACUGACAGUGGCUGGUGUAAGUGCUGUAGUGCUUUUAUUGAGGAGUGAUGUAAAACAGUCAGCUACCAUCUUCAGGCGGAAUGUCAAACAUAUCCGCAAGUGGCUUGAGGAAGAAUCCAAGGCGGUCCCGAAGGAACUGGAAACUAAGGUUCCACCAAAAGAUAUUCCCAAGGAGGACAAGCACUAGUAUCGACAUGGGCACCUUGAGUGUUUCAUAGGAGUUUAGUUGGUUUGGGAUCAGUCUUUGGACUUUAUGUUCAUAAAUUGCAUAUCAUGGUUUCUUUAGUAUUCUUGGGGUUUUAGAUAUACUUAUUGUAACUAGUAACUACUGCGGAAGCUUUAGUUUCCCAAUCUGAGGUACCUUCUCUAAUCAGUUCAUCUUUGGAAGAGUCAUAUCAUGGGUUUGUCACCAGUGCACACUGACUUUCCUUUUUUUAAGGUUUGCCUGGUUCGUCACUAAACUCUCCCCAAUUCUAGCUGCAUGUGUCAGGUCCUUGCUAUUGGCAAUACAACUAUUGAGGAUAAACGUGAUACACUGCCAUGUUUGCUGUGGU